AGUUGUUACUUAUUUCACAUGCUUAAUUUGCAAGAUAAACAAGCAUUCUCAUGUUGACUGCACACCAAGCUAUAUUAUAAGUAUAGGAGCUAAUUAAGAAGGAAAGCAAAACAAAACCAGAGAGUGAUAGGGAGGAGAAGGAGGCUAGGAAGCCAUGAAGAUGAUGGGGUUUCUCAAGUUUCUUCUUGGCUUGAGUCUCAUGAUCACUAUAAUGGUUAGUACUCCAGUGGUGGAAGCCUGGGGAAAAGAAGGCCACUUCAUGGUUUGCAAGAUAGCAGAGCAAUACUUGACGGAGAACACUUCUAGAGUUGUGAAGGAGCUCUUGCCGGAAUCGGCCGGCGGCGAGCUGGCGGAGGUGUGCUCUUGGGCGGACAAGGUGAGGUUCAGGAUGAGAUGGACGAGCCCUCUCCAUUAUGUUAAUACUCCUGGCGUUUGUACCUUCAAAUAUUCAAGGGACUGUUUCAACUCUCAGGGAGUCAAGGACAUGUGUGUAGUGGGAGCAAUCAACAACUACACUGCACAACUUCAGAGCUAUGGAGAUUCAUCAACUGCAUAUGAUUUGACACAGAGCUUGAUGUUCUUAGCUCACUUUGUGGGAGAUGUUCACCAACCUCUUCAUGCAGGAUUCAAAGAUGAUGAAGGUGGUAACACCAUUGUAGUCCAUUGGUACAGGAGAAAGACCAACCUUCACCAUGUAUGGGAUGUCAAUAUGAUCGAAACAGCUAUGAGUGAUUACUACAACAAAGAUCUAAACGUGAUGAUAGAUUCAAUCCUGAAGAAAAUAGAUCAGAAGGAGUGGUCAGAUGAAGUUAAUAAAUGGGAGACAUGCAGAAGGAAGACAUCAACUUGUGCAACCAAUUAUGCCACCGAGAGCACAAGCAUAGCCUGUGAAUAUGCAUACAAGGAUGUUGAACAGGAUUCUGUAUUGACAGAUGAGUAUUUCGACUCCCGGCUUCCGGUAUUGGAGAAGAGAAUAGCACAAGGUGGAGUCCGAUUAGCUGCAAUACUGAAUGGAUUAUUCGAUUCAAGUUUCAGUGAUUCAGUGAAAACAGAAUGAAGUUACAAAUGAAGCCUAGACUUACUGAUCAUAAAUUUCAGAAGUUUUAAUUUAACCGUUGUUGUAUUUCCAAAUAAGGAACUAAUUCUAAUUGUAACAAUAACACGCUUUGCAUGUUUUAUUCCUCUGUAGUAAAAACAAAGUUACUCUUU